AUGAAGUUUUCCAGAUUCGUGAGCUUCCUCAUGCUAUUUGGCCUGCUUACAAAGGUCCAGGGACCUAGUCUGACUGACUUGCUGUUUCCCAGGAGGUGCCCCAGAUUCAGAGAGGAGUGUGAGCACAAAGAGAGGGACCUUUGCACCAAGGACAGGGACUGCCAGAAGAAGGAGAAGUGCUGUGUCUUCAGCUGUGGGAAGAAAUGUAUAAACCCCCAACAAGAUAUCUGCAGCCUGCCCAAAGACUCCGGCUACUGCAUGGCUUACUUUCGUCGUUGGUGGUUUAAUAAAGAAAAUAAUACAUGCCAAGUCUUCAUCUAUGGUGGCUGCCAGGGAAAUAAUAACAACUUCCAAUCCCAAAGUAUAUGUCAGAACGCCUGUGAAAAAAAAAGAACAUGUCCAAGAGUCAGGGUGAAGUGUGAGGUUGAAGAAAGAAAUGAGUGCACGAGACACCGACAGUGUCCAGACAAGAAGAGGUGCUGCAUGUUCAGCUGUGGGAAGAAAUGCAUGGACCUCAGGCAAGAUGUGUGCAGUCUGCCUCAGGAUGCUGGUCCCUGCUUGGCCUACUUUCCACGAUGGUGGUAUGACCAAGAAGCUGACCUCUGUACCGAAUUCAUCUAUGGCGGUUGCCAAGGGAACCCUAACAACUUCCAAUCUGAAGGUAUCUGCACAGUCAUCUGCAAAAAGAAACAUAUGUCUUCCUGGAUAUGAUAAGGAUGAACUGGAAGAAGUCCCAGGUCUUGGCUCCUUAUCUGAGGCUUUCUUCCCGUGAGCCCAGCACAUGCUCUGGAUUGGCUGCCAGUGGCCAAGUCUUAGCCACUGAGACUUUGGCUGUUCUGAAACCAGAACCCUAGAAUUUGCUUAUUCCCUUCCCCAGACCUUAGCUUCUAUUCAAAUACCAUGACCUUCGACCUUUGACCCCCUUCUCAGUCUGGGACCCUAUCACCUUAACUUUCAGGGCUCAAAUUUAUUCCUAUGAAAUAGGAUGUUCCUCCUAAUAAAGGA